AUGGGAAAAAGAAGGUGUUAUUGCCUAGAUGAUCUGAAAGCACCACGCUGUCAUCUCAACAAACAUUUAGUUGCUGUCAGAGUCCUGAAAGGGGAACCAGCUGAGCUGUCUUGCACUGUCAGUAAAGAUGAAGUGACAGGAACCUGGUUUAAAGAUGGAUUAAAGUUAACAAGCAUGGAUGGAGUCUUUUUUGAAAAGGAAGGUCUAGUCCACAAACUAAUUAUUAACAAAGCGGAAGAUAUUCAUGCUGGGAAAUACAGGUUUGAAGGUGGAGAUAUAAAAACUGAAGCUUCAGUUUUUGUUGAAGAUCCUCCACAGGUUGACAAAGUUCUCCUCAAAAACUUAAGUGUUCCUACUGUGGCCAAGGCAGGGCAGAAAGUAAAAAUCAAGAUCCCUUUUGAGGGCCGGCUGCCAGUCAGAGCAACAUGGCUAAAGGACAGAAUGGAGCUAGUAGAUGACACAAGGAUUCGUGUUGAUAAAACAGAGACCUUUACCAUGCUGUCCAUCUCCAGCAGUGAGAGAAAGGACUGUGGGGAUUACAAAGUCAGGCUGAAGAAUGACAGUGGGGUCCUGGAGAUCAACUUCAAGCUUGUGGUAACAGACAAGCCACAGCCACCUGCAGGACCCAUCAAAAUUGUAGAAAGCACUGCAAAUGACAUCACCAUUGAGUGGAAGCCCCCAAAGGAUGAUGGGGGCAAACCACUGCAAAGCUACAUUGUCGAGAGACAGCAGGUAGGCAAGAAUGACUGGGUGACUUUGGGAGAAACCCCCAGGAGCUGUACUACCUUCACUACUAAUAAAGUGGAAAAAGACAUGAGCUACUACUUCAGGGUGAGAGCUGUGAAUGCUGAGGGAACUAGCGACGCACUGGAAUCAGAUGAAGUGAAGGCUGUCAGUAAAGCUUCACCUGGUGCCCCAGAUCCCCCCGAGAUUGUCAGUGCCAGCAGAGACACCAUAACAAUAUCCUGGAAAGCACCUCGUAAAACUGGCAGUUCCCGAAUUGUGGGAUACAUCGUUCAAAAACGCAAGAAGGGUACCAUGGCCUGGCUGCCAGUCAACAGUGUGCCUAUAGCAGACAAGAAGCUGAAAAUGACCAGUCUCAAGAAAGGUCUGCAGUAUGAAUUUCGUGUGGCAGCUGUCAAUGCUGCUGGCAUAGGAGAUGCCAGUGAACCAUCACAACCUGUCUUUGCCCGGGAUUCCAUGGAAUCUCCAGGUCAAGUGCAGGACCUUAAAGUGAGCAGCAGUGACAGCACUAGUGUCACCUUGACAUGGAAGAGACCUGAAGCAAAAGAUGGGAGUGAUGUGAAAGGCUAUGACGUGGAGAUGCGGUCUUCUAACAACCUCAACUGGACCAAAUGCAAUGCUCUUCCCAUAGAGGUGACCACUUACACAGUUAAAGGCCUCCAAGCCAAGGAGAUGUACUUCCUACGUGUGAGAGCCCUCAACGACAGUGGCCCAGGAGAAGCUGCAGAGCUUGAAGCUUGCAUUGAAGCUGCUCCCCCUGUAGUUUCUCCCAGGUUACUAAUAGAUGACACAGUGAAAAGCUUACUGGUUAUAAAAGCAGGAAAUACCAUCCAAGUGAAUAUUCCCUUUGAAGCAUCUCCAGAUCCAGUGGUGACCUGGUUAAAGGAUGGGCUUCCUCUUCCAAACCAGGCUACAAUAAACACCAAAGAUGGUACCACCCAGCUGCUGAUUGGAGCAGCUGAGCUCACUGACAGCGGCACCUACACUGUUGAGCUCCAGAACGGGUUAGGGAAAAGAGAAGCAUUCAGCUUCCAAGUUCAAGUUACAGAUAUCCCACAAUCGCCUGGACCUAUUCAAUUGGAAGAGAAUGUGCCAAAUACAGUGACAGUAACCUGGGAGCCAUCAGCAUCUGAGAAAUGGGAAAAUAACCUCUACUACACAGUCCUGAAACGUGAAUCACAGAAGGGCUUGUGGCACGUGGUGGGUGACCUGAUCUACACCAACAAGUUCACAUUCACCAAACUGAUCCCAGGCCGGGACUACUACUUUAGGGUUGUGGCAAAAAAUAACUUGGGAGCCAGUGGUCCAUCUGAAAGUGUGCAGCCUUGGAGAAUUGGAAAACCAAAGGCUGAAUUUCAAGUCAAACCACAGAAAUACAGGAGAGUUAAUCAAAACCAGCCCCCGAGAUUCCUCGUCCCAUUGAAGCCUCAUGUGGUGACUACUGGGAGCGAGUGCCGUAUGAGCUGUGCUGUUGGAGGCCAUCCACCUCCAAAGAUCACGUGGUACAAGGACAAUAGCGACCUCUCCAAUGAUGGUACCUAUUUUUGCACAAACGACUUCGGUGUCUGCUCCCUGGUUGUCCUAGGUGUCACAAAACAUGAUGAAGGAGAAUAUAUGGUAGAAGCCACCAAUGAAUUGGGCCGUGCAUCAAGCAAAGCCUUCCUCACUAUUAAAGACUCCACCCUGUAGCAUGACCUUCCUGAGAACAUCUCUGCACUACUAUGCAAAUGAGAAGGUUUUCACUGAGAACUGGCUCUAUACGAAGGCUAUGUAUUUAUUUUCAGAUGUGCAUUAUAGUCUGAGUGUUUUAUUUUUCAGAUCCAGUAGUUGCAUUUUGAACAUGAUGCUGCAUUGUAGUCAAAAUGGGGAAAAAAGCUUUAAGAGAAUUGUAUCUUUUUGUAAUGAUCAUGGCUUUCCACUUAGACCUUUGAUACACAAAUAAGAAGCUUCAGGAACACAGAAGAUGAGAGGAAAAAUAAUUGGCCAAAUUGAAACUUUCCAUGGAGAACACAGGCGUGAGAGAUCAUUCUGCCACACCACUCAACUGCUGUCAGGCUACAACAAGAAUAUUUCUUCACACCAGAGAUCUUUGAAGCUGGCCUUUUAGCGUGUGGUUUUCUAAUCCAAAGCAAUCAUUUUAGAUUCCAUGUAAUUCUCAGCAGGUUUCCUAAUUCUGGUAGAAGCAGUUCUGCAUGUAUUCCACUACCAGUAGCAGCUAAGUAUAUUAUUUCCCUUAACCUCUAAGUUGAAAAGAGUAUCCGCCUGCUAGUUUUAUCGGGGCAAGAGAUAAAUUCUCAGACUAGGCUAACAUGGGGUAGUGCUACUCACAGUGAAAAUGCAUUGAUGGGAAUGAAUGGAAACCUAGAACCAGUUGUAUUAGUGUGAGCAGAUCAAUGCUGUACUUAAAAAAACCUACUGUAGCAAGUGCUAUAAAAAAGGAUGUAUCAGUCCUAAAUUACCCCAUCAGUAUCACCUUUGAAACAUAACUGCCCUUUCCUCAUGACAUCGCUAGAAUGUUUUUGCCUAAUGCAAAAAGAGGUUAAAAAUCUUUCAUGUUUGACCAGAAAUAUGAGGUACCACCAGAGAUCCUCUGCCAUGGCUGGGGGAUUCCAUCACUGAGCAGAGAAGGAGACUGGAAAGCAAAAAUGUUAUGAUGACUGUACGAACGUAUAGCAUUGUAGCCUUACCACCAAAGGUACUUUGAUGACGGCAUCUGGAAGAGAGGAGAGUCUAGAUCAAAGACUCAAAGCCACUCGAUCCUCAGACAGCCAGUCAGACAUUUACGUGGGACUGAAAUGUUCUUUUUGAUUAUGUUUUGUACAAUGUUGUACAGACAUAGCAACAGUAGAUUAUGAAAUUAAACCAUAAUUCAG